AUGGACAAGGCUGUCAAUGAGGUGAAGAACCAAUGGUGGCAAGACAGAUCCCAGCUCCUGGGGGACAUCAUGCAUCUCUGUGCUGCACUUCACCAUGCACAAGUGACACAGGAGAACCAGAGGCUUCUGUGGGCUGAGCAGCAGGCCAAGGUGACAAAAGACAACUGUCACAUCACAGAGCCAAACCAGGUCCAAGAAGAAACUGCCACCGAGAACCCUGAGAGGGAGGAGGACAAGACUUCUCUCCUGGAUGAGAUGAAAGAAGAGCUGUCCACUGUCAAGGCUGAGCUGAAAAAGACUCAAGAAGACCUGCAGACCAAGACCUGCCAGUGGGAGGAGGAGAGAUCCUGGCUUCUGUCUGACAAAGAGGAAACCUGCAGAUUGAAGGCUGCUCUUGAGAAGGCUGAGGAGGAUCUGAAGAAGCAGAACCAGCAGGUGGAUGUGCUCUCAGGAAAAGAUGGGUCCAGCAAGCUGAGAGCUUCCCUCAACCAGGCCCAGAAAGACCUGAAGAAGAAAAACAAACAGUUGGAGCAAGAGAGAGCAUGUGUCCUCUUCCUCAAGGGGGAAAAUAGCAAGUUAAAGGAGGCCCUUGAGGUCUUUGAGAAAAAGGUUCCUGGGGCUCUUUAA